UAUGAAAUCUCUCAUUCUUAAAGCUGCAUCCAAUAACCAAAUUAUUAUGGAUAAGGUUUUUGAAUGGUCUGAUCGUUCUACCAAAAUUAAAGAUUAAAUUAUAUGGGCUGUCUCUGAAGAUAAACACAAACAAUCUUCUUAAGCUAUAUUAGGUUCAAAUCAUUUGUUAAAGCCUCCUGAAGUAAAUAGAUAAAAUGGUGGAAGUCCUGUUAGAGCUGAAUCUAAAAGAAUGACUAGUACAUCAAUUUAGGGAUCUAUGUCAUCUAUGAUUAUUAAAUAUGUGCCUUCUUAGGUUGAGAAUACAAGUAUUAAAGAUGAGAAAAGGUCUAGAAGUAAAAAAAGUAGGAAAAGCAAGAAGAGUGCCAAAUCUUCAAAAAGAUAAUCAGUAGGUUUUCAUAGUGGAAUAUAAAUAAUUGAACCUAAGGAUUAAUAUAGAGUAAAAUUAAUGAACCUUAUUCUCAGCGCUAUAAAACAAUUGAUUCUACUUGGGGGUUUCAUUAAUAUAUGGAUGAAUUUAGUGGAGAUGAAGAUUCUUAGAAAUUGUCUACAAAGUAUCAAUAAUUGUAAGGAAUGCCAGUCCAUUUUAAAAAUAUUCAUAAACCUACUUCAAAAUCAUGA